AUGCUAUCUGUUAGCACUAUUCACAAGCAUCACGGUAUACCGACUCAUAUUUCAUCGAUUGAAACACUUUCCUGGCCCAAGGUUAGCCGCAGUGAGCAAAUUAUGGCAUGUUUGGAAAUGCCGCGAUUCGCGUGGACAUCUCGUCUUGCAGGCCUGGCACGAGAAAUAUGGGGAGUUUGUCCGGCCGAGGUUACCAUAUUCCACCCCGAGGCCUACGAGGCCAUGGAUGGUCCUGACAAUCAUAACACGCGCUCUGACUGGUAUGACCUUCUAUAUCCUCGGAUAUCCUCAAUCUUCACUCGUGACCGACAACUGCACCACGAGCGGCGGAAAAUGUGGGAGCAAGCGCUGAGCAGAAAAGGUCUGAACUUAAUGGCCCACAACAAGUCGAAGACUGACACGGUCGUUCAGCAUUGGUCCAUUGCUUUGGAGCAAUCACGCCCUGUUCUCAUCAAUGAUCUCAUGUAUUUCUUCGCUUUUGACUCGAUGGGUGAUUUCGCCUUCAGCGAAGACUUCGGCAUGAUGAAGAACAAGAAGUGGCAUUCGUCGAUAGCCAUGUUGCGUUCGGCGCUCACAUUGCUGGGUCCCUUCAGUCCUGCGAUAUGGAUCCCAAGACUGGGGUUUGCAUUUAUUCCUUCGCUGUGGAAGGUCCGGCAUUGGUUUCAUAUGCUCGAAUUCUGUGAUCAAUGCAUGGCUAGACGGAUGAAGAAAACACUCCCAGAUCGCGAUAUUGCAUCUUGGUUCAUUGAGGACCACGUCAAACACGGAUCGGACCCCACGCGGGAGCGAUGGUUGAGCGGCGAUACUGCAACGCUAGUUGUAGCUGGGAGCGAUACCACCGCCCCAAGCCUAACGCUUCUCUUCUAUUUUCUCGCUCGCUAUCCCAUGCAUGUUGAGAAGAUAUAUGAAGAGAUCCGCGGGGUUGACAGAGAGAACCCAGCUGCCCUGGCUGCGUUGCCACAUUUGACGGGGACUAUAAACGAAGCAAUGAGACUUCUUCCAGCAGUACUAACCUUCAGCUCUCGAGUAACUCCACCAGAAGGACUAAUGAUAGAUGGCACGUUUAUCCCGGGGAAUACUAAGAUAUGUGCACCACGAUACACAAUCGGUCGACUUGAGACAGCAUAUGUCUACCCCCAUGAGUUCAUUCCCGAGCGGUGGUACAGCCAACCGGAGCUGAUCAGGGAUAAAAGGGCAUUUGCUCCUUUUGGCGUCGGGCGUACGAGCUGCGUUGGCCGUCAUUUAGCUCUUGCACAGAUUCGACUUGUUACUGCUGCCUUGGUGUUCCAUUAUCGGAUCACCUUUGCAUCUGGUGAGAAUAAUGGCGAGGAUGUGGAACGGGAUAUGAAGGACCAGUUGACCGCGCAGCCUGGGGCUUGUCGGCUUGUGUUUCAAAGUCGGGUAUAG